AUGUCCGGUAGAGGUAAAGGUGGUAAAGGUCUAGGUAAAGGUGGUGCCAAGCGUCACAGAAAGAUCCUCAGAGAUAACAUCCAAGGUAUCACCAAGCCAGCCAUCAGAAGAUUGGCCAGAAGAGGUGGUGUCAAGCGUAUUUCCGGUUUGAUCUACGAAGAAGUCCGUAACGUUCUAAAGACUUUCUUGGAAUCCGUCAUCAGAGACGCCGUCACAUACACUGAACACGCCAAGAGAAAGACUGUUACUUCUCUCGAUGUUGUGUACGCCUUGAAGAGACAAGAUAUAUCAGAUACCUCACUCAUGGAGCAGACAAGGACUCAGGCGAAUACUCCUCCGCAGGAAUCGUUGCAAAUGCAGGAUGCAGGCUCCCAGAAUAAUUCGAGUAGCGCCAGCGCUUCUCAGGCAGCGGCAGUGGCAGCAGCAGCAGCAGCAGCCGCUGCUGCUGCUGCUGCUGCCUCAGUGGUGAUUUCCCCGCCGUCGCAAGGCUCGUCUAGCAGCCCGCACUCGGGAAACCUCCAGCCAGGCGCCAAUAUAGGCAGUGGCAGCGGCAGCGGCCUUGACCUUGGCCUUGGCCUUGUUGAUGGUAGUGCUACGAACGACAAUGGAAGUACAGGUACCAGGGGUACCAGGAGUACCACUGGUAGCGCUAUGUCGCAGUCAAAUAGCGACCAGAGCGGCAGUAGCAGCAGCAGCAGGCCGAGAGAUCACGGCAGCAGGGAGGACCAGCUUGUGGGCGUCGACCUAGGGUCCGCCAGCAUGGGGCCUGGCUCCCAUUUGCACUUGCACUUGGACGAGUACGUCCAGGAUGCAAGACAGAUGGGCAGUAACGGGUUUGUUACCCCGUCGCAUGCAAAGGAGCAGCACCAAGGCCCUGGCCACAGCCAGGGCCAUGGUUCGAGCACUAGCCCUGGCCCUGGCCCAGGUCCUGGCCACAGCCAAGGCCCAGGUCAUAGCCUCUUCCCUCCCUCAGGCCCUCUCGAGAACCAUUCCGAAAAAAGAAACGUUUUUCAGCACAAUCAGGAUAUUCACAAGAAUAUGCAACAGAGCAACGCAAACAUCAAUAGGGAUGGUGUUGGCAUAGAGAUGGACGACGUCGACAUGGACGGAGAUACAAACAUGGAUGUCAACAUGGAUAUCAACAUGGACAUGGACAUCGACAUCCAAGAAGGUGCACACAGAGAUACCAUGGACUCCUCGCCGUCAACCUCACCUUCUUCUUCUUCCUCCUCCUCGACCUCAACAUCAACAUCCUCUUUAUCGUCGUCCGGCAGGUCCAUGGCCACCCACUCCUCGAAUUCAAACUUCAACGCAGAAAGACGGCCCUCCUCCUUCAACACGGCCAUCUCACACAACAAUACCACCAUAUUCAAGCCGUUCGACUCGCAAACGGGCCAAUUCGUGGCCCCACCGGCCGUACCAUCAAAACGCCACAACAGAAAAGAACAAGACAUGGAACAGCAGCAGGAGCAGGGGCACGAGCACGAGCACGAGCACGAGCAGGAACAGGAUGAUGAUGAUGAUGAUGAGGAUGAGGAUGAGGAUGAUCUCAUGGACUCCACUCGCCACAAUCAUAGCACCGCCACCACCAUCAGACCAGACGAAUCAUCACCCCCCUCCACUUCAACAUCGGCCGUAACCAGCCUCAUGUCUACUUCAUCAGACCCUCACUCAAACCCAAACUCAAGCUCGAGUCUGAACAAUACAACCAUGUCCAGGUCUGCCGGAAAACAGACUUUCGGAAAUGUUACCACCACCACCACCACCACCAACAACAACACAAACAACUCCUCCGCUCACCAACAACGGAAAAUGCAUAAUCAAAUACCCCAACAUACCCCACAGACACAGGCACCCUCGUUCUCAAGAGUCCAAAGAUCAAAAAUGAGGUCUCUUUCGGUACCAACCAUAUUGCAUUCUUCGUUGCGGAAGAUGAGCAACGUAGCCCAACACAACGGCGUAAACCCCACUACUUCCAAGCAUCACCAUCACCAUCAUCACCACCACCAACAACAACAACAGUUACCCCCAGCACGCUUGACGUUGAAACACUCUAAUAACUCGUCCACUUCUUUGGCCCAGGCGAACGCGAACUCGAACUCGAACUCGAACUCAAACUCGAACUCAAACUCAAACGCCAGCCAGAACCCCGUGGGACUCGUAAGAAAGAAACGAUCGCUCAAGAGGGACCAGUUCUCGUUGAGAAAUGCCAUCUUGAUGACGCACCGCCUACACUCAUCAGACAGCAAGGAUAUCUCGUUGGAGGAAAGGAUAAAGUACAUCAAAACAUACCCAACGCCAGUACCCUUACCGCCAAUUAACUUGCAAUGUUUGAAAGAGAUCGAUUUGUCAGAGAUCGUGAAGAACCCGCAAUUGAGACACGAUAUAGUUUUCGACCCAAUGCUCCAAUUCAGACCAAACCUCGAUGGCGAAAGAGGUAUCAAGAAAAGACAAAUUGCAGACAAGUACUGGAACGAUGUGGAAAAUGAAAUCUUCGUUUACAACCAAAGGCCUGACGUGUUCGAUGAAAAUAGAUCAAGACUAGUGCCACUAUUCAAUACCCUAAAGGAUGUCCUGGUGACCAUUGUGCCUCAAAAGGAGGUCUCAACCGUGGCAAACGUGUUGGACACUGAAUUGCUAAUACAAGAGCUAUUAAAGGGUUCGCUCGUGAUGUCAAGCUUUUCAGAAUGGCUGUCACAGCUUUUCAAGCACCACUGUGCUCCAAUGAGAGAUCCGUGGGUAGACAAAAUGUCUUUGAAGUUUAAAGAGGCAGAGGAGAAUAACUCCAUUCCAACAUUGGUGGAAGCCCUAAGGCUAGUGUUCCAGAUAUUGGAAGCAAUGAAGUUGGAUAUAGCCAACCAUCAGAUUAGAAUCCUAAGACCAGCUCUCUUGAGCAAUACUGUUGAUUUCGAAAAACAAUACUUCCAAUCUUUGUUGAACAGCAGCAGGGUAGAUCUAAAAUCUUCCCUAAAGUGGUUCGCGGACAAGUACAAGGAGGCAUGUGAUGACGGGCUAAUAGAUCCUUCUAAGCCAACCUCUAUCCCACAGCUUUACAAAGUUUGCAUCAGGAGUGUGAUAAGCCUUUUAUCGUGCAGAAAAAUGGUUAAAGAAUACCCCACAGCGUUGUCAUUUGACCACGCAAGACUAAUACUACUCCGGGCUGACAUUAGGCAAAUCGUUUGUUUGAUGGUUUGUAAAUUACUAUUUAAACAACUCGUGGCAAACAAUACAGAGCUCACCAGACCGAUGAAAGAGUUUAUCAUCAAGAGCUACACUACCAAAAGGUUGAAAGAAGAAAUAGUCAGUAUCAUCACUGAUGAACAUGGAAACUGCAGAUGGACUAAGAAUACUUUGAGUAUCGCAGUUCAGCUAAACAAGGUAAUCGAUCAGUUGAAGGAAGAGUAUCUCAGACAGAAUCCAGAAGAAAAUGCAUCAUCAAAUACUGGCUCAGAAUCAUCUUCUCAGAAAGAACAAUUACCACAGCCACUACCAUCUUCUUCUAGUGCUAAACUAUCUCUUGACCAGAAGAAGAUUGACUUCUCUACAUCGUGGUUGUCGAAGCAAACUCAACCACUGAGCGAUGUGUAUGGGGUUCUUGAAGCUAGGGUGUUCAGGUCCCUUGAAGAUGUGGUUUUCAAAUUUGGAGAAUGCUCCAAAGACGGAACUGUCAAGCAAGAUUUCAUAAGUAUGUGCGGAAACACUACAAAUUCCGCAUCAACCGCAGCCGGCGGCGUAGCAGCAACAGGCGAUGAACCAACUGCUACAUUGUCUUCCUCUGCUUUCCAAUCACCUUCAAAGGCAAACCGGACUUUAACAAGCAAGAAGGAAUUGGAAAUCAAGGAAAGUCUCGCUGCUAUUGAUAUGGAAGAAUUCGAAAACUCUUACCGCCACUUAUACACAGUGGUAAACUUCCAUUGGUCUGUCUUUGGAUGCCACUACCUCGAAUAUAUGGGAGACAAGGUCGAGAAGGUAUAA